AUGAAGGCCAUUGUGGUGGCCGGCACGCACAGCGGCGUGGGCAAGACGAGCGUGGCCGUGGGGCUCAUGGCCGCCUUCCGCCGGCGAGGUCUCCGCGUGCAGCCAUUCAAAGUCGGACCCGAUUUUCUGGAUCCCAUGCACCAUCAGGCGGCUACAGGCCGAGACUCGUACAACCUGGAUGGGUGGAUGCUCAACAGGGAGGCCAACGUGGCAUGUUUCACACGUUUCGCAGCCUCAACUGACGUGGCAGUUGUGGAGGGCGUGAUGGGGCUGUUCGACGGUCGAGAUGGCAAGACAGAGGUCGGCAGCACAGCAGAGAUGGCCAAGAUCAUAGGGGCCCCUGUUGUCCUCGUUUUAGACUGUUGGUCUAUGUCUAGAAGCGCGGCAGCCAUGGUACAUGGUUACGCGUCCUUCGACCCGUCGUUGCGAUUCGCGGGGAUUAUUCUGAAUAAGGUCGCCAGCGCAGCGCAUGCCACGUGGCUGACUGAGGCGCUAGAAUCAGCACACGUCAGAGUUCCCGUCCUAGGUGGCAUCCCGAAAUCUGCUGACGUGGAGAUGCCAGAGCGCCACCUGGGAUUGCACCGGCCUGGGGUGGACGCGGACGGGGUGCCAGCUCAGCACGCCGAGCGGCUGGCGACACUGAUUGAAGCCCACGUGGACCUGGACAGGCUGUUGCAGCUGGCAGCUGACGUGGCAGGGGCGCCUACGAUGGGGCUUGGGGGAGGGGAGGGGAGUGUGUGUGGAGGGGAGGAUGUCGGAGAGGGGAGUGUGAUGGGCGGAGGAGGGAGUGUGAUGAGUGGGAUGGGAGGAGCAGGAGGGAUGGAGUGUGGUGGAUCGUUGGCCAAUGAGCUGCCUCCGUUGUCGAUGCCGCCUGGAAUGAAGCUUGCGCGCAUUGGGGUGGCGAGAGACGAAGCAUUUGGCUUCUACUACCAUGACAACCUGUCGCUGCUGAGAGAGGCGGGAGCAGAGAUUGUGUUUUUCUCCCCGCUCACUGACCCUCUGCCGCACCGUCUCGACGCCGUGUACUUUGGCGGGGGGUAUCCUGAGCUGCAUUCUGCUGCUCUGGCGGCCAACACCAAGCUGGUGUAUGCGCUCAGGGCGUUUGCUGCUGCUGGCGGGGUGGUGUACGGCGAGUGUGGUGGGCUCAUGUACCUGUCACGGAGCAUCGAGACGAAGGAGGGAGAGGUGCACGAGAUGUGUGGGUUGCUGCCCUUCCGCACUCGCAUGGUGUCUACACUCAAGCUAGCCUACUGCACGGUGCGUCCCCAGCCCAACUGUGUGCUGUUCCCAGCGGAGUUGGGCGAGAUGAGGGGGCAGUUCUUCCACUUCAGCGAGGUGGUUCUGGAUGACGGCUCAUUCCAUGGCGACCAGCUGGAGUUCGGGUACCUUAUCGAGCAGCAAACUCCAGGUGCCACCUCCCGUCCAGAGGGCUACAUGGUGGGGGCAGUGCUAGCGUCCUACGUGCAUCUGCACUUCGCCUCCAACCCCUCCCUCGCCCACGCCUUCAUAGACGCGUGCCGAACCGACCCUACCAAAUCCGCAGCUGUCGCUGCUGCCUCUGCCUCAGCAGUGGCUGGAGCUGGGGCGGCAGCGGCGGCAGCAGCAGGGGCGGCAGCUGCGGCGGCGGUGGCAGAUGCGUUGAAUGAAGACGACAGGUUGUCGCAACGAUCGGUCUCGUAUAAUUUGUACGCGUCCCCGGUGCACCCGAGUCAGCUGGGCUUGCAACAGCAGCAACAGCAGCAGCAGCAGCAGCAGCAGCACGGGGUUUCCGGAGGUUGUGCACCCUCUUCCGUGUCUUCUGUGCAGUCUGGGAGCUCGUUUCGUAGGAGGAGUGAGAGCGGAGGGAGGUGGGAUGCGAGGGGGUUUGAUGCUGGUGGCGGGGUGUCGCCACCUCAUUAUUUGGAGACGGAUGGGAGGGGAGGAGGAGGGGGAGGAGGAGGGGGCGGGAGAGGGGGGAUUGGUUACAGCAGGGAGGGGAAUGGCAGUCAAGGGGUGGGAGGGCCGGGGUUUAUCCCUUCUCCCAUGCGGAGGUCUAUUUCUGAAUUGUGGGUGUCUGGGGGUGGGGGUGGUGGGCUGGAUGAGUUGAGUCUGGGCGGAGGGCAAGGGGCGACUGGGCAAGGGGGAAGAGGAGGAGGGGGAGGGGGAGGCGGAGGAGGGGGAGUAAGAGGAGGAGGAGGAGUGAGAGGAGGCGGAGGAGGAGGGGGAGAGGGUGGAGGCGGUGGGUAUGGGGGGACAGGAAGGAGAGAUGGAAGGGGGAAAGUCUUGGGAGGAGGGGCAGGAGGAGCAGGGGGGGAGGGAGGAGGGGAAGGAGUGGGAGGAGGGAGAGGUGGAGCAGGAGGGUCUAGUAACAGAGGUGGUGGGGGUGGUUCAGUGGCUGGGAGAUCAGGAAGUGGAGGAGGAAGUGGUGGUGGUGCUAGCUCAACCUCAGAUCCCUCUGCAUACCUCUCCACCGCUGCAAACCCCUCUUCAGCAGGUGCCUCUGCAACAGACGGUCGCAGCUAUGCGGAUUCCGGUUCUGCUUCGGAUUAUGAUGAGAUGAAUGCGAGUGACUUACGAAGCUCUUCUGAGUUUGAUGAGGGGCUGACGUCUAGUGGCCGGCUGUCGGAUUUUGUGGGGAGUAACAGCGGGAGGAGCGUGGAGCAGAUUUAUGAAACGGGAGGAGGGGGUGGUGGAGGAGGAGGAGGGGUGAAGGCGCCUUCUAGUGGGAAAAUGGCGGAUUUUGUGAGUGCAGGGGUCGGGGUUUUGGGAGAAGGAGGAGGAGGAGGGGGUGGAGGUGGAGGAGGAGGGGGAGGAGGACGGGGAGGAGGGUCAGCUGGUGGGUCUCUCAAGAAUUUAUCGGCUGGAUCAAUGAGGAAAUUGGCUGCUGCUGCUGCUGGGGCUGCUGCCCAGGCAGAGGCGACUGGGCAUGCCAAAAGUGGAAAUGUUGCCACAAGUGGAAGUGUUGCUAAAAAUGGAAAUGAGUCUAAACGUGCUGCUGCUGCUGCUGCUGCUGCUGGUGGUGCUGGUGCUGGUACUGGUGGUGCUGACGGUGCUGCUGCCGCUGCUGCUGGUGGUUCUUUUGCUAAUGCUGGUGGUGCUGCUAGUGCUGGUGGUGGUGUUGAUGGUGCUGCUGGUGCUGCUGGUGCUGCUGGUGCUGCUGCAACAGCUGUUACUGGAGCUCGCCCCACCCCUCUUCCUACUUCUUCAGAUCUACCCCAGUUCAACACUCCUCCCGAACCUGCUUCCAAGGCAGCAGCCGAAGCUGCGGCCGAAGCUGCAGAUCCCCACACUCACUUCUCCCCUUCUAAAGACUUCUCGUUUGAUACGGUGGAGGGUUGGAUGCGGUGUAAGGGGGUGGAAACGGGUGCUGGUGUGACAGUAGGGAGUUACGGGGUGACUGCAGCAGGGUUGAGAAUGGCAGGAGGAGUGGCAGGUGGAAUGCCAGGCGGAAUUCCAGGCAAUAAGGUGUUAUCUCCCUCCCUCCCUCCCGCUCUCCCUUCCUCCCUCCCUCCCUCCCUCCCUCCCUUCCUCCCUCCCUUCCUCCCUCCCUUCCUCCCUCCCUUCCUCCCUCCCUUCCUCCCUCCCUCCCUCCCUCCCUCCCUCCCUCCCUCCCUCCCUCCCUCCCUCCCUCCCUCCCUCCCUCCCUCCCUCCCUCCCUCCCUCCCUCCCUCCCUCCCUCCCUCCCUCCCUCCCUCCCUCCCUCCCUUCCUCCCUCCCUUCCUCCCUCCCUUCCUCCCUCCCUUCCUCCCUCCCUCCCUCCCUCCCUCCCUCCCUCCCUCCCUCCCUCCCUCCCUCCCUCCCUCCCUCCCUCCCUCCCUCCCUUCCUCCCUUCCUCCCUUCCUCCCUCCCUCCCUCCCUCCCUCCCUCCCUCCCUCCCUCCCUCCCUCCCUCCCUCCCUCCCUCCCUCCCUCCCUCCCUCCCUCCCUCCCUCCCUCCCUCCCUCCCUCCCUCCCUCCCUCCCUCCCUCCCUCCCUCCCUCCCUCCCUCCCACCGUCGCUCCUUUUCUGUUCUCAGGUUCAAGCCCCUCCUUGUGUGCUGGAUUCGGAGUGGUUGAGAGCGGUGCAGCCAGAUGUGCUCGCCCAGGUGCUUGAAUCAGUGGUGACAGUGGGGGCAGCACUUGGUCUGCAGCAGCCAGCCCAGGCCCUCUCCUCCCACCUCCACCUGCGCCUGCGCUCUCUCGCUGCUGCCCUCGCCACCGCUCCCCGCCCCCGGGUCACCUCCCUAGAAUCCAUCUCUCCUCUCGUUAUGGCUGGGCACUGGCUGCCCGAGAUGAAAGUUUUGGCCGGGGCAGAUGAUGGUGGGCUGCAGGAGCCGGGCAGCCCGGUGCGGAAAGUAUUGUGGGAGAGCAUUACGGCGUUUGGGCCUCAGGUGCUGUUUCUGACGCCGUGUGCUGCUGAUGUGAAGACUGCUCUUGCUCAGCUCUCGCUCAGCUCUCGCUCAGGUGAGCAAGGAGGAAGGCAUGUUGCAAGGCAAGGGGUGGGAUAG